AACAAAAAUACAUGCUCAAAACUAUCUACGUAAUUUUUCAUAAUUGAUAACAAUGAAAAUCAUAGCAAUUACUGAAUUGCUUCUUCUUUUCUUACUUGUUUCAUCAUCUGAGGCAAUGAUAGAGUCAUGUGAAAGUGUGAAUGAACACCUUACACCAUGUCUAACCUACCUUGCAGGUAUGACUUACAAACCACGUCCUUUUUGUUGUGAAGGAGCUAAAAAUAUUGUGUUAUUGGCAUCAAAAAGUAUUGAGGAUAAAAGGAUAGCUUGUAAUUGUGUCAAGACUUUAGCACAGAUUCUAAUACCAAAGGCACAGAAUGCCAUUGAUCUCCCAAAGAAAUGUGGAGUCCAAUUUCCCUUCGAAAUUUCUGCAACCAUUGAUUGCUCUAGGGUUAUCUAAAAGUCAGAACCGAGGGUUGUUCUUGGAUGCAGCCAGUUAAGGGAAUAUGAAUGACCUUUUCAUGACAAUCAAUAGCAUUAAUAAAUAAAAAAUCCUAUAGUGAUAAAACAUAUAUAUAAAAGUAUUAAUAUGCUUACUUGCUCCAAGGAAUCCUUUUUGUAGCCAUCAAUUUUUGCAUGAAAUUUAUUAUAUAAAUGUAAUGUUUGGAAUUUAAAUGCAACUUGAAAGUUUCUCUUAUUA